AUGCUACUAAGCUCUUUGUUUACCUCUUCCUUAGCUACUUUAGCUGCGUUGAAGGUUUCUCAAGCUGCAAACUCCACAAACAGUUCUACACCAGCUAUUGAAAUUAAAGGUAAUGCCUUCUUUGAUAGUGAAUCCGGUGAUAGAUUUUACAUCCGUGGUGUUGAUUAUCAACCAGGUGGUUCAUCCAAUUUAACCGAUCCCCUAGCUGAUGUUGAUAUCUGUAAAAGAGAUAUCCCUGUUUUCCAAGAUUUAGGUAUUAACACCAUCAGGGUGUACACUGUUGAUAAUUCCUUGGACCAUGACGAAUGUAUGAACCUAUUAUCUAACGCUGGUAUUUAUUUAAUUUUAGAUGUUAACACCCCAGGUGCAUCCAUUUCCAGAUGGGAACCAGCAUGUUCAUACAAUGCCGAUUAUUUACAAAGUGUUUUUGCUACUAUUGAUACUUUUGCCAAAUAUGAGAAUGUUCUUGGGUUAUUUGCUGGUAAUGAAGUCAUCAAUAGUGAUAACACCACUGACACUGCCACUUACGUGAAGGCUGUUGUUAGAGACAUGAAGAAAUAUAUCAAGGCCAGAGAUUACAGACAAAUUCCAGUUGGUUAUUCAGCCGCAGAUAUUGUUGCUAACAGACAAUUAGCUGCUGAAUAUUUCAACUGUGGUGAUGAUGCUGAUGCUAGAAUUGAUAUGUUUGGUGUUAACGAUUAUUCAUGGUGUGGUCAAUCAUCAUUUAUGGUGUCUGGUUACAAGGAAAAGAUGAGUUUAUACCAAGAUUAUUCUCUUCCAAUCUUCUUGAGUGAAUUUGGUUGUAAUAAAGUUCCCUCUUCAAGACCCUUUACUGAAAUUGAAGCCAUUUAUUCCACUGAAAUGUCAUCUGUUUUUUCUGGUGGGUUGGUUUAUGAAUAUUCCAACGAAGCUAAUAAGUAUGGGCUAGUGGAAAUUGAUGGUGACAAAGUGACCAAAUUGACUGAUUUUGAGAAUUUGAAAUCAGAAUACGCCAAGGUUUCUAACCCAUCCGGUGAUGGUGGUUACUCUACAGACAACAAGGUUUCCACUUGUCCUGAUUAUGAAAAGGGUGUCUGGGAAGCCAACAACACAUUACCAGAUAUGCCAAGUGCUGCAUCUGCGUAUUUCAAGAGUGGUGCUGGUGAACCAAUGGGUACUAUUAUUUCCACUCAAGAAAUGUGUGAUAGUGACGAUGAAGACGAUGACUCUUCCUCCUCCUCAUCUAAUACCAUCACCUCUUCUUCAACUGUUGAAUCCUCCACUUCCAGUGCAGUAAGCAACAGUACCUCAUCCUCCACAGCCACUUCCACUUCCGCUUCGUCUUCUUCUGCCUCAAGCACUUCCUCCACUUCUUCAAAAUCUAAGGGGUCUGCUGGGGCACUAGAAGUACCAGUUUUUUUCCAUGUUCUUGCCGAAUUAUGGAAUUAUGUUAUCUAG